ACAUCAGUUGCAGUUCGGAAGCGGAAUCGGUUGAUGUUGUUGCUGCGGUUCGGACGUGGAUACUUUUUAGUUUUGUACAAUCGUAUUUUCGACUUGAAAGAAUCGGCAUAACCGGGCAGAACGGACCGAUAAAACUUUCCUCUUACUCUCGCUUUCCGCUCAGCGAUUUACAUUUUCGGUUUUAGUUUUAAUGUGGUUGUGUUCGGUGUAGUGAAAUAACAUUUAUAAAACCAUUCCAAAACCCAUGGAAUUGAACGGAAUCCGUUGACCCUUCGUGCCACAAGACAAUUUUCAUUGCGAUUCGCGGAUUUCUUGGUAAUUAGCUCUGGCUGGCUGUUUAUCGUGUGUUUGCUUUGGUGUUGAUUUUCGUGCGGGACGCACAAUUUUCCGUUUGGCUUUGGUGCUCCAGUUCUGAAAACAACCCCACCUCCGUAAACCCCAUCGUUUGCCGGUCUUCAACAAUAUGGAAGCGGUGGAGAAGAAAGGCAUGGAAAGCUACAGGUUCGGCAGUGUGGACUAUAUAGUUUUCCUUGGCAUGAUCGUAUUGUCCACCGGUACGGGAAUCUAUUUUGGGUGCAUCAAGAAGAGCAAGAAGAAGAUCGAGGAGGCGGAACCCACUCUACCGACAACCAUGCCAGAAAGGCGAAAGCACGAUUUCGGAUCGGAGAAGAUGAGCGAGUACCUGUUGGGGUCACGCAAUCUGAAAGUUUUCCCCGUUGCCAUGAGUCUGAUAGCCAGCUAUAUAUCGGGCGUCACGAUACUGGGCACCACCUCAGAAAUCUACAAUUAUGGCACGCAAUAUUGGUUUAUAGCCAUCGCAAUCGUUCUCCAAGGCAUUGCCGUCUCCUAUGUCUACAUACCCGUAUUCUCAGCUCUUCAAGUAGGCUCUUCGUAUGAGUACUUGGAGAUGCGUUUCCAUUCGGUUAUACGUAGUAUAGCAUCGUUUAUGUUUAUACUCGAUGAGAUACUGUUUCUACCUUUUAUUGUGUAUGUGCCAGCUAUAGCUUUGAAUCAGGUUUCCGGCAUUAACCUCCAUGUGAUUGCAGUGGUAAUUGUGGUCGUGUGUGUUUUCUACACUUUUGUGGGAGGGAUCAAGGCAGUGGUCCACACUGAUGCCUGGCAGGUGCUGGUGAUGUUCCUUUCCGUCCUAGCCGUGGCUGUUUUGGCUACUAUUUACGCCAAUGGCUUAAAUGUGCUUUUUGAUGAUGCCGCCAAAGGUGGUCGGCUGAUCUUCAACAACACAAAUCCCUCUCCAUACGUUCGUCAUACAGUUUGGAGUGUUCUUAUCGGUGGAUUCUCAUACUGGACGUCUUUUAAUGCCGUCAAUCAGACCAUGGUUCAGCGAUACAUGUCUCUUCCCUCGCUGAAAAAAGCCCGUGCCUCCAUGGCUAUUUUUACAAUUGGAGUGGCUGCCUUUGUCUCAGUUUGUUGUUAUGUGGGACUGCUUAUCUUCGAGAUGUACAAGGACUGUGAUCCUCUAAGUGCGGGAUUAAUAACGCACGACGAUCAACUCCUUCCCCUCUUUGUGGUCCAGAGUGUGGGUCACAUCUAUGGAAUGUCCGGAUUGUUUAUAGCUGGUAUAUUCGGCGCAGCCUUGAGCUCUCUUUCCGUAGUUCUCAACUCAACUUCCUUGGUGAUCCUGGAGGAUAUAGUUCGCGGCUGCUUCAAGAUGCAACCAAGUGAAAGGGCCUCCACCAUUUUGGUCAAGUCAACUAUCAUAGUUCUUGGUUUGGUGGCCCUCUCACUGGUGUUUGUCCUGGAACAGUUGAGUGGAAUCCUGAGCAUUUGCACUUCAAUGACGGCCAUCGCAGCUGGUACCACUUUUGGCCUGUUUACCCUGGGAAUGCUCGUUCCCUGGGCCAAUACUGUGGGCACUGCUGUGGGCGGAAUUGCCAGUGCUCUGCUCGCCGGUUGGAUAUCCUUUGGAACGCAGUUUACCAUUGCAGCGGGAGAAUUGAAUUCUCAAAAGCUUCCCGUAUCCGUGGAGGGAUGUGUGGGUAAUGUUACCCUUAGAGAAAACAUAUGGGUGGAUGAGGAGCAAGUUUUCCCACUGUACCGACUGUCCUACCACUGGAUAAAUCCCAUUGGUGUGGCCACAGUCAUCGUGGUGGGUGCACUGGUCUCCCUUGUGACCAAACCCACGAACAUCAAAACUCUGGAUCCGGAUCUAAUAUCACCAGUGAUUCACAGAUUCCUUCCAAAGGAGUGCUUUACCGGUCGAAAUCCUAAUGCGCAGGCGCACAAAAACCUCCUGAACGUAUCCUAAAAUAGACGCGCCAUAACUUUGUGUGCCAAACUUAAUGGAAUUGAUCGAGAUAUUUUAUUCCACACACCCUGUUUUGUUAGCAUAGUAUGUAGUGGUAGUUGCUUUGUGGUAGUUACCUUAACAAAUAGCCUAGUCUAGUACAAUGCGAUCCAGUUAUUGGAUUCGAAAACACAAACCGAAGUACAGGAACCUAUGAAUCUGCAUCUCAAUAUCCAGAGUGCACAAUCAUUAGCGUAGUGUAAUUAUUGUAUUAUAAUAUAGCUUUAUUUAAUUGUUCUGUUCGCAUCUGUUCUUCACUUUCCAGCUUAUGUUGAAGCAUUAUUUUUUUGGCAUUUCCGAUUUGUAGUCAGCAGACUGUGUCUCAUAAUCUAUUCCGUGUGACUUUACAAACAUAAUGUCUGUGAUAAAUUCAAUAAAUAGAUCAUACACACUG